UAAAAAUGUUUGUCAAAUUUGAGAGACAUUCAGAUAGAGUAAAAAGUGUGUCAUUUCAUCCUCAUCGUCCAUGGGUGUUAAGUGCUUUACAUUCAGGUGUGAUAGAAUUGAUAGAUUACCGAAUAAAGAAAAGGAUAGGAACAUAUGAAGAUCAUUAAGGAGCGGUUAGAUCAGUUUAAUUCCAUCCAUAAUUGAAUUUAUUCUGUUCUGGAGGUGAUGAUUAUACAGUAAGAGUUUGGAAUUUCAAAUAAUGUUAAUUUGUAUUAAAAGGACAUCUUGAUUAUGUAAGAUGUGUAACAUUUCAUCCAAUAAAUCCAUGGGUAUUAUCUGGUUCAGAUGAUUAAACAGCAAGAGUUUGGAAUUAUUAAAGUAGAUAGACUAUUGCUAUUCUAACUGGACAUACUCAUUAUAUAAUGUCAUGUCAUUUUCAUCCAACAUAAGAUUUUAUAGUAACAUGUUCUUUAGAUUAAACAGCAAGAUUAUGGAAUUAUGGAGUACUUAAAUAAAGAUAUGCAUAAAAGAAAAAUCAAGAAUAUGUAUUAUCUGGAGCUGAAGUUUAAGUUAUUGCAAUUAUAGAUGGACAUAAAGAUUAACUUAAUUGGUGCGCAUUUCAUAAAUCAGAACCUUUAAUAAUUACAAGUGGUGAUGAUAAAAAUAUUAAAAUAUGGAAAUAUAAUGAAAACAAAGCUUGGGAAUUUGAUUCACUUACUGGGCAUACUAAUAAUGUAUGUUGUGCUGAAUUUCAUUCUAAAGGUGAUGUAAUAAUCUCAGAUUCAGAAGAUCAUACUAUUAGAAUUUGGGAUACAACUACUAGAAAACAAAUAGCACUUUAUGAAAAUAAACAUUAUGAUCGUUAUUGGAUUGUAUCUUGUCAUUCCAACAAUUACUAUUUUGCAUGUGGUUCUGAUACUAUGCUUUAAGUUUUUACACUACAUAAAGAUAGAGUUCCUAUUUUACUUGUUAAUGAAAAAUACUUAUGUAUUGCUGAAUAGAAAAUACUUAAAGUAAUUGAAUUGAAUUCAGGAUAAUCAUCAACUAUCAAAGAUAUUUCAACUCUCAUUACUCCCACUCCCAAUAUACUUGAAGAUAAUAUUGAAUCUAUCUAAUACAAUUCUUAUGACACUUAAAAAACAUAAUUAAUGAUUAGAUGUAUUCGAUCUCUUAAAGAACCUAAUAAAUUAAAAAGACAUUUACUCAUUUUAUUUUAAACUUAAAAAACAGAUUCAGGUGUUAAAUAAUUCUAUUCUAAAUCAGCUUGCUUUAUUGGAAAAAAUAAAAUUGCCAGAAUCAAUUUAGAAUCUUAAAUAGAAUUAUAUAAUUAUGAAACUGAUGCUGUCUCUAUAAUUGAUGAUAAAUUAUCUUCUAAAUUAUUCCCUGCUCCUGGAGGCAAAUUAUUAAUUUAUAGAGAUGGUAUCAAUAGUCAUUUAGAAUUGUUUGAUCCACUAUCUAAACAACCCUUAAAUACUGUUGAAUAUUCUAAUGCUAAAUAUGCUUAAUAUCAUGAUUCCUACUUAAUUGUAUAAGGAAAAUUAUAAUUAACUAUUCUAACUAAACAACUUUCCAAAUUAAUUGAAGUCUAAGAACAAAUUAAUAUCAAAUCCUUUAUAUGGGUCAAUAAUUUCAUUAUUUAUACAACCAAAAGUUAAAUUAAAUAUUUAUUAUUGAAUGGAGAUUCUGGUGUCUUAAAAUCUACUGAAAACAUCCUCUAUCUUGCAAAAGGAGAAGAGUAAUAAGAAAAUAAAUUAAAAUUAAUAGCUCUUGAUAAUACUGCCUAAUAUAUUACUUAAAUAUUAGAUAUUUAAGAACCAUUGUUUAAAAUAGCCAUUCUAAAUAAGGAUCUUAAUGCUAUUUAUAAAUUCGUUGAAAAUAAUUAAAAUGAGGCUGUUCUCUCUUACUUAUAUUCCAAAAGAUUAGCAUCUGUUGCUUUAAAACUUGUCAAAGAUAAAUAAGGUAAAUAAAAUUAUUUAUAUUAUUAUAGCUAAAUUUUCACUCUCUCUUGAUUCUGGCAAUUUAGAAUAAGCUUAUAAAGCUGCUAUUGAAAUUAAAGAUUCCAUUUUGUUUGAAUAAUUAAGAUCAGAAGCUUUGAGAUAAGGAAAUAAUUUAUUAGUUGAUGUAUGUGAUUAAUAACUCGACUAAUUUGAUAGAUUAGCCUUCUUAUAUUUAUGUACAGGUAAUUUAGAUAAAUUAGAAAAACUACAAAGUAUUUAACCUAAUUACCUUUAUUAAUCCUAAGUUUUAAAAUUUAAAUCUAUAAAAUAAAAUCUACCAAAACUAUCUCAAAUUAUAGAAUAUUUAAAUGGUAAAAAUUAAAAACUAGAUAAAAAUUAAUAAGAAACAAUUGAAUGGAUAUAAUCGCUAGGCGGUAGUUAAGUUUUAAUACCACCGAAUCCAAUAAUGAAAUAUAGAAAUGAUCCAUGGCCAUUAUAUUAAAUGAAUGAAUAAGAUAUAAUUAAUCUUGAAGUAACUGAAGAAACUGUUGUACCUUAAGAUAUUUUUACUAUAUAAAAAUAAGUAAUAGAAGAAUCUCAAGUAGAAGACUAAAUUAAUAAUGAAGGUUAAUGGGGAUUAGACGAUGAACCAGAAGAAGAAUUUUUUGAACCAAAAAUAAUAGAACCAAAAGAUAAAAGUAUAGAUGAAUAAGCAUUCAGAGGAAUGUAUUUAGAAUCAUAAGGAGAACUUGCUAUUAAAUAUUUUGCUUCAGGAGAUUAUGAAACUGGUUUAAAACUUUUAAAACAACAAAUUAAUUUGAAUAAUCCCUAAUAAUUAUUAAAAUAAUUAAUUGAUGUUACAAAUUUUUAAGUUUUAUCAUCCAUUCCUUACUUAAGUAAUUCAACUUUACCUGUUAAACUUAAUCGGUUGAAUGAAAUUAAAACACUCAUCAAAUAAGGUAAAUUUUAUUUAUCAUAUUUAGGCUAUAAAUUUACUACUGAUGCCAAAUUUGGAGAGGUGAGCAAUUGUUUUUAAUAGGUUUUAUAAAAACUAUUAUUAACAGAUUUUGAAACCAAUCAAGUAGAUGAAAUAAAGAAAUAUAUCAAUAUUAGCAGAAAUUAUAUGAUUGCAAUGAGAUGCGAUGCACUCAAAAAAGAAAGUAAUGCUUUGGAAAUGGCUUGUAAAAUGGCUACAAUUGAACUUCAACCUUCACAUAGAAUUUUAACAUUAAGAUAAGCUCUUAGUAUAAGUUACAAACAAAAAAAUUUUAUUACUUGCUAAUCUAUAGCAAAAAAACUUAUUGAACUCUUGAAAAAUGAUAAUACAUAAAAACCUGAAGUUCUAUAAAAUGCAUAAAAAGUAAAGAAUUAUAUUUAAAUAUUAGUAUGAGAAAGCCUCAUUAUAAUAAAAUACAAAUGCCAUAUAAAUUGAUUUUAAUGAAAAUUGGCUAAAUGAAUAACCAAUCUAUUCUGUAAAUACACUUAAAAAUCUUUCAAAUUAUAAAACAUGUCCUUAUGAUGGAAGUACAUAUGAAAAUGAUUAUUCUUCAAUUUGUUUGUUUUGUGGAUUGUGUCUAGUUGGUAAAGCCCCUGGUCUAAAAAACUUGCAAUAAUCUUGAAGUAUAUGUAAAAAGAGA